AUGACAGAGUGUCAACGGCUCGAUGUGGACGCUACGCACUUCAGCGAGCCUGUUAAACGUAUAUUCGACUCCCAGGGUACCCAGGACUUCCAGUCGUCCGUCGCCAUGCUCCGCUUGAGCUCCUACUUGCACCGCUACGUCCAAAUGGUGCAAGGACAGCGCAUCCCCACCGACACGCAGCAUCCACAGGUGGCUGCGUUUGCACAGUUGCUCGACAAGCUGUCAGAACUUGUGGACUCCACGCCUGCGCUCGCGGGCCCGCGUCGUUACGGUAACCUUGCGUGUCGCGAUUGGCACGCUAAGAUCGACGCCCAGCUGCCGCAAUUGCUAAACCAAUUCGUACCCGCGCGCUGGCGCGCCAGCGUUGUGGAGUUGCAAUACUAUCUCGGGAAUGCGUUUGGCUCCAGCGAGCGCCUGGACUACGGCACGGGCCACGAGCUCUCUUUCUUUGCCGUGGUGUGCGCCCUUGACAUGCUGGGCGCAUGGGGAGACGCGUUCUCGGGCCCGGACCUUCUCUACGUGUUUGAUCGCUACUAUGCCCUCGUUCGCAAGCUCAUCCGCACCUACACGCUGGAGCCUGCUGGUUCGCACGGCGUGUGGGGUCUCGACGACCACUUCCACCUCGUUUACAUUCUGGGCAGUUCUCAGUGGGCCGACGAUCGCACCGCCCCGAUCAUGCCCCAGGAUUUGCAAAACAAGCACGCUGCAGAGGACUACGCUGCCACCAAUUUCUACUGCCAGGCUAUUGCGUUUGUAUUCAAGGUCAAGUCCGGGCCUUUCGCAGAGCACUCGCCCAUGCUCUACGAUAUCUGCCGCACGGUGCCCACAUGGUCCAAAGUCCAACGAGGCCUGCUCCGGAUGUACCUGGUAGAGGUCCUCAACAAGUUCCCCGUGGUUCAACACUUUUGGUUCGGAACGGGUCUUUUCCCAUGGACCAGCGCCGCGAACGGUGCUACUCUCCCGACCUACGAAGCGGGCCAGGACUCUGCCACCACGACAACUGCUUCUACCAACGCGACAGCUGAGCUGCCCACCACCACCACUUUCAUGCCGUAUUCUUCUUCUUCUUCUUCUACCACGGUGCCCGUAGCACGCAUGUCCAUGGCUCCGCCCAAUGCUCGCCACGUAAGCCGGUUUAUGGCCCACGAUCGCCUCAGAAGAGCGCCACCUCACCCGGACCGCUAA